AUGCCGGGGGUUGCGUCCAAAGCUGCGUGGGGCGCGAAGGUGCCCCAGCUCGUGGCCAGCACGCCCGCGCCGCUGUCGGGGUACCGCAACGCGCGGCCAGGAGUGGCCCCUCCGUUGGGCCGCCCGCUCGUCGUGGCCGUCCCUUGCUGCGGCAUUGACGGCUGCGGCUUCGCCUUGAAAGACAUGGAGGUGCCGCACUCGGCCGCUCACGUCUUUGACCUCGAACAAGGGUACGCAGAUCUUUUGCAGCACCACUUGGGCGAGUUCGUUGUCGGCGGCUCGCGCGUGGGAAAGGAGAAAGGCGACGUCCUUCGCCCGAGCCUGGCGCCCUUCAAAGGACCAUGCGACGGCCUGGUCUCGGGCCCGCCCUGCCCGCCAUGGUCGGCGCAGGGGUCGAGGGGGGGCGCCGCCGACCCCCGUGCGGACGUGUUCUUACGCGUCCUAGAGCUCGUGAUCAAAUUCAUCAAGGAGGCAUCCUUGCAGUUCACCGUGCUCGAGAACGUGGUCGGCAUCCUGCGCAAAAUCGCUGGGGAGUCCGAGUCUUUCGGUGAAAAGGUGCUGCUGGUGUUGGGGCAGGAAGCACCGGGGUUCUCUUGGAGUUUCCGCGUGCUCGAGUCCCAGGACUAUGGACUCCCGACUCUCCGCAAGAGAUGUUUCCUGGUCGGUUCCCGCGCGCCGACGGGGGCCGCCAAUUAUUCCGUGCCCCCACCGCCGCCGCACUUCCCCGCCGCGCGCCUCGAGGAGUUCUUGGGCGACUUCCCGCCCACCCCGCUGGACUCGCUCACGCAUGCUCUGCGGAAGAAUUUGUCGCACUACGAGGGCCGCGCCCGGGCCCUUCUCCUGGCGAAGCAGGUCGAACCCCGCGACGUCAUCAGUUUCUCGUUGGACCGCGGGCCGGGCAAGGUGCACGCGGCCCCUGUUCACGUCAACGUCGUGCCCACCUUCACCACGCACAACAAGUACAUCUUCGUGAUGCGGUGCGGCGAGGUUGCCAUCCCGCAGUCGCAGAGGAAGCUGCCCCGCUACCUUGCGCCGACAGAACGCCUGACGCUCCAAGGUUUCCCGAAGGAGAUCGCCGGCAAGGUGGCGGACGAAGCCCUCUGCGUGCAGGCCGCCGGGAACAGCUACCCCACGGCGCUGCCGGCCGCUAAUUUGGAUCCGCUUUUCCGAGUGUUGGCCCAGAGGCACGGGAACAAUUAG